ACAUGGCGUAGAAACGCUUUUGUGCGCCAUUUUUCUUCUUUUCUGUUUUCUUAAAAAAUCAACUUGAUAAAUCUUUCUUGUAAAGGAUUAUAUAUCUAUAUCUUUCAACAAUUCAAGGUUUGUGCAGUAUUGGUUUGUUUACCACAGCUCCAACUUCUGUUUCUAUAGUCUGAACACAGUAUCCGCGAUAUCAUCUGUACUCUGGUACCCGAAACGAAUAAAAGAAUGGAAGACUGUGAAAUGGAAGAACCAGAAUCUAUAUGCCGACCAUUGGCCUGUGAUCUUCAAAUGAAACAGUCCAAGUGUGUUCAGGAAUACACAGAUGGUUUGGACGAAUCGUGCCUCGAUAACUUGGGUGGCGUAGCUGACAAACUGCUUGAAUUAUCUAUGAUAACGGAAGAUGAGCUUCAAGAAAUAAAGUCUAAGACGAGAACAUUUGAAACUCUUGUUCCCAUUCUCAUGAACAAAGGCUCUCAUUUGCAUUCACUAGUAGAGAAGAUAAACGAAUUAAAAAACCAAAGAGACCAGGAGAAGGGCAAACAAAUGCAAGCGACAAACAAGCAUGAGGCAACUAUGCAAAAUGAGAUGCGAUUAUUACAGUCAGCCGAUCCAUCAGAAGAUUGGUCACUGAAAGUAUUCCUCGAUAAAAUAGCCGUGCGAAUAGAUCCAACUGAUAUGAUCCGAAUCAAGCAUCUCAUCAGCGGUGAACCAGGAUUUGACAAGAUGGUUUUGGAGAAGUUAACCGACGCGUGGACAUUGUUCACCCACUUGAGGAACAUGAACAAAUUGAACAGAUUCAACGUCAUAUAUCUACAGAGCCUCCUAUGGCAUAUAGAAAGAACUGAUCUCGUAGAAAUAUUUGCCGACUUUUGUAGUGAGAAUGAAAAACGCCCACUGUAUUUGCACGUGCCAAACAGCGAGCCAGAAAAUGGCUACACAUUCGUUAAAGUUUAUAUCAAAGGUGAUAUUAGCACGCUGGAUGAUAAUGAAUUGGAAACGCAAAGACUGCAAGUUUCUCAACUCCUUAAAGUCCCAAUGGAGUUUGUAUUCCUGGUUGGAAUGGAGCCGUCAAACAGUAUAGUGCUAACGUUUAUGGUACCUGAAAAAAGCAUUGAGAUAUUCAAAAGGCGCAAAGAAAAUCGGGUGUCUGUCGCAGGUAUAAGUGUGGAAUUCAUAGAUGGGGUGCUUACUCUUAAAGAAAUUUCUUCAUCGAAUCCGAAGCAGACGAUCGAAGAAAAUUUUUUGCAAAAGCAACUGCAGGAGUUGUUAAAAAAAGAAAAGAAAUUAAAGACUGAGUUAGACCAGACGUCUUUACAGUUGCUUGAACAAGAGAAAACCGAAUGUCUUCGUGUGCAGCACCAGGCCCUCGUGAAGCAACAAACCCUUAUGGAAAGUGACCUGCAAUCAGUGUUCGAAGAAUCCAACAUGUACAGAGAGAUGUUUCACAAAGCAUUGCAGGUGAUGGGACGUUUAAAUAUAUCUAACGAUAUAGUGAAAAAUGGAAUUUCUCACUCUGAGGUUCCAAUGCUGAAAAUACAAAGCUGCCUAGUACUCUACAGGAAGCUGCUUGCCGAGGUUCAGUCUACAACACUGAACAUGGGUGCAGUACUCCAAUUGCUGGAUGUUAAAUCGGCUCUGUCGGCCAUGCAAGAGAGACAGAAAUUUGUUGAUGUUGUAAAACACGUCCAGGAUAGCGUUCACAGAAUGGAAAGGAGAACAGGUAGUUUGCAAAUAGAAAACUACAUUUUACAUUCAACAGUCGUCCUAACUGGGAUGUCAGAAGGUCUAUUUGAACAAGUUAUUUUGAGAGAAGAUAUGCCCCAUUUCCAGGAACGUCCUAGGUUCGGCUUGAAUGUCGUCUGCUCUCCAGCUGUUGUCGAAGUAGCGGAGGGUAUCAGUCCACGAAUGAAGCAGUUCCUACGGGAAAUGUCAAAGGAGUUGACUCCUGAAGAAUGCAACACACUACGGGCGAAUCUUAAACUUGAUGACAGAGAAAAACAACUGCUUGAAACAAACAGUGUUUGUCUUUUGGAAGUUGCGCUCAUCAAAGAACUGCUAGCUGGGAAAGGAGAAGGAAUUGAAAAUAUGUUACAUGAUAUACUGGGCACAAUAGACCGAGAGGAUCUGAUUAAUAAAUAUUCUCCUCAGCAAGCCCAGGCGAAUGUAAGAGUGAAAGCAGGCAGGACGUCGGCGGGAAAACCUCGUUAUAUUCGUGUACAUGGACGUAGUCAGAAGUUACACAAAGUAAAAGCUGGUAAAUAACACAGGCGUCUUAAACUGGAGGCCAUGGGUGGUUGUUAUCACUACAGAUUCUCUAAAACUUUCACUAGACAUCCCGACCACUACCACCAUUACAUAUGAUCUUUAUUAGAUAUCAUCGAAACGUUACUGUUUUAAUUGAAUAUUAAAGGUAUGAUCUCAUCCUAAUGAUAAAGCUGAUAAAUAACACAGGCGUCUUAAACUGAACGCUAUGGGUGGUUGUUACACUACAGAUUCUCUAAAACUUUCACGAAACAUCACAACCACUACCACCAUUACAUAUGAUCUUUAUUAGAUACCAUCGAAAUGCUACUGUUUUAAUUGAAUAUUAAAGGUAUGAUCUCAUCCUAAUGAUAAAGCCGAUAAAUAACACAGGUGUCUUAAACUGGAGGCCAUGGGUGGUUGUUACCACUAGAGAGCGUGCCCGAACCGUAAGGAUAUGGGCACGUUAAUAUAGUUCCCUUCCACUACAGAUUCUCUAAAACUUUCACGAGACAUCACGACCACUACCACCAUUACAUAUGGUCUUUAUUAGAUAUCAUCGACAUGUUACUGUUUUAAUUGAAUAUUAAAGGUAUGAUCUCAUCCUAAUGAUAAAGCUGAUAAAUAACACAGGCGUCUUAAACUGGAGACCAUGGGUGGUUGUUACCACUACAGAUUCUCUAAGACUUUCACGAGACCACUAGUACCGUGUCAUAUGAUCUUUAUUAGAUAUCAUCGAAAUGCUACUGUUUUAACUGAAUAUGUCUGUCAUUACCAAAUGAAAGGUAUGAUCUCAACCUGAUGAUACCGUUUGAAUUGAACAUUUUGUCAUUAUCAAAUUCACUGUGUACCUUACACUAAAUGGUAUGAUGUCAUCUCAAGCCGUAUUCUUUGGCAUAUGAGGAUAUUUACAUUCAGCAAUCAAUAUAAUUGUAACAGAUGGUGGGUGUACUUGGUCAUAACGUACAUAAAUACAAAAAUUACACAAAAUGUUAGCUAGAGCAUACUAUGAAAUCUAUCAAAGUAUUUAUAGUUAAACUACAAAAUAUAGAAAGUUUUCUAAGGACACCAACUUUUUCAGAGUUAAAGAAUUUUAUAAAAAUGUAUAUAUAUUUGGUAUUUGACCGAGAGAAAUAUGGCAUGUGACGAUUUCUUUCAUUCUAAAAAAAUGUGUAUGUGUGCAUAUAUAUAUAUAUAUAUAUAUAUAUAUAUAUAUAUAUAUAUAUAUUGCCAUGGCUGUCCAACAAUGUCCUUAACUGUGUGCUGUGACAUGGACUUUUCUCAAGUAAUUUUAAUAUUGGACAAAACAGAAUAUUUAUUUUUACAUUUAGUAGUAAUUAUUUGCUUGUAUUCUGUAAUGGAACUAUGGCAUUUAUUAUAGUUAUUGUUUAAUGAAAUGCUUAAUAGUGCAGUUUGUCGUAUCGCGCACUAUAGACAAAAACGAAGUUGCGUAACUAUUGUCAUUAGUGAUCGUUUGGAUGCACAAUGUGAGCUACAUUUAGUUGUAUUUCAUAAUAAUAUGUUUAUAGUGUAUGAAACUAUGUUUACCUUACCUUCAUUAAAAGACAAUAUAAAACAUUUAUGACAACACUGGCUCUAGAGAAUGUUUGGUAAACUCUUUACUUGGGCGUAUGUGCGUUUACAUUCGAUUUGUUUAUGUUAUAUCAAGUUGUGAUAACAUUUCUUUAUAGAAAAAAAAAUGUGUAUUAAUUAUAUAUGCAUCAUGGGUAUUUACCUUAUAGUUUCUAUGCAUUUAAUGAAGCAUAAUUAUGUUGUGAUUUGUUUGUAAUAUUGUUUGUACAUUAUGGCAAAUCAUUUUAUUAAUUGAGAUAAUAACUGUAAAGUUGAUUACUGUAACAUUAGUGCUUUUAGGAACUAUAUCCUUGUACGCUGAGAACCUGUUUACACAUACUGGUUGCUAAGGUCAGAUAUAUCGGUACACGAUGUUUGUAAACAACAGUAUUAAAAUGCUGUUUUUAUAAUUAUCUCAAAGGCUUUUUUCAUUAAAACUAUUUUGUAUUGAAACUAGACCAAAAACGCAAGUGUGUAAUGAUGGUCUCGUGUGUAUGCACAUUAGCAUUUGUGUGUAUUAUUAGUUUAAAUUCCCCGUGUAUUUGCAAUGUACCAUAGCUUGUUUUGUGCCAGGUAAAUAAUGUCGUUUUUUAUAAUAUCUCCAAAGGCUUUUUUCAUUGAAAAUAUUUUAUAUUGAAAUUAGACCAAAAACGCAAUUGUGUAAUGAUAGUCUCAUGUUUAUGCAUAUUAGAAUUUAUUUGUAUUACUAGCUAGAAUUCCCAAUGUAAUUGCAAUGCACCAUAGCUUGUCUUUGUGCCUGGUAAAUAAUGUAGUUUUUAUGAAUCUUUUAAAGGCUUUUUCUGUGAAAUUGUUUCACGCUAAUUUUAGAUUAAAAAGCAAUUAAGAAAU